ACCCCUGCUGAGAACAUGUCGGUGAGGUCCAGAGUGGGCAGAGAGGAGGAGGAUGCCCAGCGGUAUGGCCAUCUCGUCCCAUGCCACGGCCACUGCCCACAUGGCAAGAGUGCUGAACCCCUCCAACUCCAGACACUCUUUUGUUUUGGCAGGUGGCUCUUAUACCUCCUGGCCUCAACCCUGUUCCACAAGCCAAGAGAUCCCAUUCUCAUCCCUCAGAAGUUUGGGGAGGUGACUUUCCCUCUGUUCCCCAAGCCUUACCCCAACAGCUUUGAAACAAACACUGUGAUCACAGUCCCCACAGGAUACAGGGUGAAGCUCGUCUUCCAGCACUUCAACCUGGAGCCUUCUGAAGGCUGCUCCUAUGACUAUGUUGAGAUCUCUGCUGAUAAGAAAAACCUGGGGAGGUUCUGUGGGCAACUGGGUUCUCCACUGGGCAACCCCCCAGGAAAAAAGGAAUUUUUGUCUCAAGGGAACAAGAUGCUGCUGACCUUCCACACAGACUCCUCCAAUGAGGAGAAUGGGACCAUCAUGUUCUACAAGGGCUUCCUGGCCUACUACCAAGCUGUGGACCUUGAUGAAUGUGCUUCCCAGAGCAAAUCAGGGGAGAAACAGCAGCCCCAGUGCCAGCACCUGUGUCACAACUGCGUUGGAGGCUACUUCUGUUUCCUGCAUCCGACUGCCAGUCAGAAGGACAGGCAUUCCUGCCAGGCUGAGUGCAGCAGCGAGCUGUACACGGAGGCAUCAGGCUACAUCUCCAGCCUGGAGUACCCCCGGUCCUACCCCCCUGACCUGCGCUGCAACUACAGCAUCCGGGUGGAGCGGGGCCUCACCCUGCACCUCAAGUUCCUAGAGCCUUUUGAAAUUGAUGACCACCAGCAAGUACACUGCCCCUAUGACCAGCUACAGAUCUAUGCCAACGGGAAGAACAUUGGCGAGUUCUGUGGGAAGCAAAGGCCCCCCGACCUUGACACCAGCAGCAAUGCUGUGGAUCUGCUGUUCUUCACAGAUGAGUCAGGGGACAGCCGGGGCUGGAAGCUGCGCUACACCACCGAGAUCAUCAAGUGUCCCCAGCCCAAGACCCUAGACGAGUUCACCGUCAUCCAGAACCUGCAGCCUCAGUACCAAUUCCGUGACUACUUCAUUGCUACCUGCAAGCUAGGCUACCAGCUCAUAGAGGGGAACCAAGUGCUGCACUCUUUCACAGCUGUCUGCCAGGAUGAUGGCACAUGGCAUCGUGCCAUGCCCAGAUGCAAGAUCAAGGACUGUGGGCAGCCCCGAAACCUGCCUAAUGGUGCCUUCCGUUACACCACCACAAUGGGGGUGAACACCUAUAAGGCACGUAUCCAGUACUACUGCCACGAGCCAUAUUACAAGAUGCAGACCAGAGCUGGCAGCAAGGAGUCUGAGCAAGGGCAGUAUCACUGUGCUAGUAAUGGGAGCUGGGUGAAUGAGGCGCUGAGCCCAGAGCUGCCGAAAUGUGUUCCAGUCUGUGGAGUCCCCAGAGAACCCUUUGAAGGAAAACAGAGGAUAAUUGGCGGAUCCGAUGCAGAUAUUAAAAACUUCCCCUGGCAAGUCUUCUUUGACAACCCGUGGGCUGGUGGAGCGCUCAUUGAUGAAUACUGGGUGCUGACGGCAGCUCAUGUUGUGGAGGAAAACCAGGAGCCAACAAUGUAUGUUGGGUCCACCUCAGUGCAGACCUCACGGCUGGCAAAAUCCAAGAUGCUGACUUCUGAGCGUGUGUUUAUUCAUCCGGGAUGGAAGCUGCUGGAAGUCCCAGAAGCACGAACAAAUUUUGAUAAUGACAUUGCACUGGUGCAGCUGAAAGACCCAGUGAAAAUGGGACCCACCGUCGCCCCCAUCUGCCUACCAGGCACCUCUUCCGACUACAACCUCAUGGAUGGGGACCUGGGACUGAUCGCAGGCUGGGGCCGAACAGAGAAGAGAGAUCGCGCUCUUCGCCUCAAAGCGGCAAGGUUACCUGUAGCUCCUUUAAGAAAGUGUAGAGAAGUGAAAGUGGAAAACCCCAAAGCAGAUGCAGGGGCCUAUGUGUUCACUCCUAACAUGAUCUGUGCUGGAGGAGAGAAGGGCAUGGAUAGCUGUAAAGGGGACAGUGGUGGGGCCUUUGCUGUACAGGAUCCCAAUGACAAGACCAAAUUCUACGUAGCUGGCCUGGUGUCCUGGGGACCCCAGUGUGGGACCUAUGGGCUCUACACACGGGUACAGAACUAUGUUGACUGGAUAAAGACGACUAUGCAGGAAAAUAGCACCCCCAGUAAGGAUUAAUCCAGAUACAUCCCACCAGCCUCUCCAAGGGGCGUGACCAAUGCAUUGCCUUCUGUUCCUUAUGAUAUUCUCAUUAUUUCAUCAUGACUAAAGGAAGACUCGAGCGAAUGAUUUAACUAGAACUUGAUUGUUGAGAUGCCUGGCUGGAAGUAGAGAGGUAGAGUUUGAUCAUAGAAUUGUGCUGGUCAUUCAUUCAUGGUCUGACUCCUUGGGGUCCUUUCCCCUGAGUACCUAUUGUAGAUAACACUAUGGGUGGGGCACUCCUAUCUUGCACUAUUCCACAGGGAUACCUUAAUUCUUUGUUUCCUCUUUACCUGUUCAAAAUUCCAUUUACUUGAUCAUUCUCAGUAUCCACUGUCUAUGUACAAUAAAGUAUGUUUGUAAGCAAA